AUGUCCCUAUUUACACUNCUCCAACUCCACUCCCUCCUCCUCAAAACCGCCCUCGACCACUUUCGCCCACUCCUCGCGGCGAAGCCCGUCUCCCCCCACGCCCUCCUCUCCCCUCCUCCCCUCUUCGCCCUCAACUCCCUCCUCCGCUUCUAUGCAUCCUCCCGCUCCCCUCUCCAAUCCCUCCGCCUCUUCGCGGCCCUCCGGAGGCUCGGGUUCUGGCCUGACAACUUUACGUACCCUUUCGUUCUCAGGGCCUGCGGCCGCGCUUCUGCGCUGGGGAGCGGCGGAGCCGUCCACGGCUUGGUCGUAAAGGCGGGGUUUUGCUCCGAUUCGUAUGUCGGCAAUACGCUUUUGUAUAUGUACGCUGGCUGCGGAGUGGCUGCAUUCGCGCGCAAGGUGUUCGACGAAAUGGGCGUGAGAGACGUCGUUUCGUGGAGCUCCGUUAUUCAGGGAUACGUUGCUUGCAAUCAACCAGCUGAAGCUAUGAUGAUGUUCUACCAGAUGAGAUUAUCGAAUGUUUUGCCCAACUCCGUCACCUUGAUAAGCUUGCUUUCGGCUUCCACCCAACUUGGUGAUCUAAGAACAGGGCGCUCUAUUCAUUCAUUCGUAUCUGUUAACAAUAUCAAACUUGACGUUCCAUUAGGUACUGCUCUCAUCCGCAUGUAUUCUAAAUGCGGGCGCAUAGAAAACGCCUUCCACUUAUUCAACACCGUGAAAGAAAAGAACCUGCAAACAUGGGCCAUCAUGAUCUCGGGAUUUGCCGAUCAUGGCCGCGCCCAAGAAGCACUUAAUCUCUUCUCUGAGAUGGAAGCUGUUAAUAUAAAACCAGACAGCACUCUAUUUUCGAUCAUUUUAAGUGCUUGUAGCCACCUCGGUUUGGUAGACGAAGGCCAGAAGUACUUUAAUAGGAUGGUGAACGAGUUUAAUAUCCAACCAAGUAUGGAGCAUUAUGGUUGUAUGGUCGAUUUGCUAGGGCGAGCAGGAUUAGUUGAAGCUGCCUAUGAGCUCAUUAGGAACAUGCCCAUGGCUCCAAAUAGUAUAAUACUUAGGUCUUUCUUGUGGGCCUGUAAGAAGCACGGUGAGCUUUGUGGUUUACGAGAGGAAAUGAAUCAGCUAAUGAAUCUUCUUCUGGAGAAAGAGCCUGGGCUUGGAUCAAACUAUGUAAUUGCUGCCCAUGUUUCCGCGCUAUCUAGCAAAUGGAAUGAUGUGGCUAAGCUGAGAGGAAGCAUAGGGGAGAAGGAUUUGAAGAAGGCUGCUGGGUGUAGCUGGAUGGAGGCAAAUAGCAGUUAGUGCAGUUUAUGGAUAAUCUGAUUCAUGAAAGACCAUCUAACCAAAUGGUAAACUAGAUGCUUCUUGGUUGGAUUGCGUCAAUGUUGUACGCGAGAGCAUAUUUCAUACUUUGAGGUCAAUGGACUACAUCUCGAAGAGAAAUAGUGGUUAAAUGUGUUGCCACAAUGAGUUAUAAGGGAGCAUUUCUUUUUCUAUUUUCUGCGAAUCUGGGCAUUCAUCGAUUACUUGUUCCAGAUAUUUAUUUCCUCACUGGGUACUUGCAGGGGCUUCUAUUGUCCAUGUGACGGCAGCUUAAAGAAAACUUUUGCAUGUUGGUUGUCAAGACGAGAAUCAAGUGAUGUGUGUUGGAGAUAAAAAUGGAACCUGAAUAUGCUGCUGUGAAAAGAGAUGAGGAUAUUCAAACCAUUCCUCCAAUCAUGACCUGUCACGCACGGCAUCAUCGCCUAAAGAGCGGAAACCAAGAGUCAUGGAAGUAUGACUGGUGGGAGAUCAUGAACAGGAGAACCACCAGCAGAAGGCCAAUGCCCC